CCCAGAGAAGUACACGGAAAAAAAAAAAAACAAGCCCGAGACCCUCGCGGUACGGGGCCCUCAUCCGGGGCCUGCCUUUUGCCCACGGCCGUCGGACUCCGCCUCCGGAAGUGCCACUGAGAAGCGCCGGCCUCCGAGCGGGCUAGAGCGACCCCGGAAACCCUGGGGCUGCUCCUAGAGCGAGGGUGUCCGCGACGGGACGGCCGCUUGGCCUGCUCCUCCGCUCGGUGAUGGUCCUUGUCCUCCAGAACAGGGAUGGAGGAACUAUCCGCCCAGGAAGCAGCAGGAUCACCAGCUGUCCAGUUUCAGUCUUUGGAGAGCCUGUCUGAGGGUCUGUCCCCAGAGCCUCCGUUCGUGCAGGACACCGACAUGGAACAGGAGCUCAAUGGGGGAUUUCCAAUUUCCAAGCCUGAUGGGAUCUCCCAGCGGGAACAAGAUCUACAGGUCUUUGAUCUGGAAACUAAGAAUAGAGAAGUCUUAAGAGAUGACUGCUCAGAUGGAGAGACAAGAGAAGAGAACAAGCUGUUGAUUCCUAAGCAGGAAAUUUUGGAAGAAGUACAUUCAUACAAAGUGAGAGUAGGAAGACUCAAAAAGGAUAUUGCCCAAGUUCCUGGGACUAGAGAAGUGUCUAAACCUGAGGACAGAUUAGAAAGGCUUCAGGAAAUCCUAAGGAAAUUUCUCUUCCUGGAGAGAGAGUUUAGGCAGAUAACAAUCAGCAAGAAAGCCUUCACCAGUGACAGUGAAUGUAAUGAACCUGAAAAAAGCUUCAGUCCGGACUCUACCCUUGAUACAGAUCAGAGAGUUCUUAGAAUACAGAAUAUUGAUGAUACUGAUAAGUAUGACAUGGGUGUGAACCAGAAUUCAGCUGCUGGUAAACAAGAACAAAUAAAUCUCAUACAGGAUGUUCAGAGUAGUGAAUAUAAGGAAAGCUUAAUGGAUCUCUCCCACCUUAGUAAAUGUGACAGCAUUCCUGCCACAGAGAAAUCCUAUAAAUGUGAUGCAUGUGAGAAAGUCUUCCAUCAGAGCUCUGCCCUUUCUAGACAUCAGAGAAUUCAUACUAGAGAGAAACCCUACAAAUGUAAAGAAUGUGAAAAAUCUUUCAGUCAGAGUUCAAGUCUUAGUCGACAUAAAAGAAUACACACUAGAGAAAAACCCUAUAAAUGUGAAGCAUCUGAUAAAUCCUGUGAAGCAUCUGAUAAAUCCUGUAGUCAGAGCUCAGACAUAACUCCACAUAAGAGGAUUCACACUAGAGCAAAGUCUUAUAAAUGUAGUAAUUGUGAAAGGGUUUUCAGUCGCAGUGUACAUCUUACUCAACAUCAGAAGCUUCACAGAGAGAUGCCCUGUAAAUGUACUGUAUGUGGCAGUGACUUCCAUCAUACCUCACACCUUGCCGAACAUCAGAAAGUCCACUGUGAAGAGAAAGCCUAUGAAUACAAUGAUUGUGGGUUGACCUUUAUGAAACAUCAAGGAAUUCAUCUCAGAGAAAAGCCCUAUACGUGUAAUGAAUGUGGAAAGGACUUCAGAUUGAAUUCCCAUCUUAUUCAGCAUCAAAGAAUUCACACAGGAGAGAAACCACAUGAAUGUAAUGAGUGUGGAAAAGCUUUUGGUCAAACUUCAUGCCUUAUUCAGCAUCACAAAAUUCAUGGGAAAGAGAAGUCCUAUGAGUGUAAUGAUUAUGAGGAAAGUUUCAAUCAUAGCUCAGAUCUUGUUCUUCAGCAAGAAGUCCUCACCAGAGAAAAAGCCUUUGAUUGUGAUGCAUGGGAAAAGAACCUCAGUCAGACAGCACACCUUGGUCAACAUCAAAGAAUUCAUACCAAAGAGAAACCUUAUGAAUGUGACGAACGUGGGGAGACGUUUAGUCAAAUUCAGGCCUCAUUCAACAUCUGAGAGUUCACACCAGGGAGAAAUUAUAUAUGUACUGAAGGUGGUGAAGCCUUCAGUCAUAGCUCAACCUUAUUCAGCAUCAGAGAAUCUACACCAGAGAGAAACUCUCUGAAUGUGAUGAAUGUAGGAAAACUAUUUGUCAGUGUUAAACUUCAUCAACAUCUGCGAACCCAUACCAAUGAGAAAAUCUAUGAAUACAUUGAAUGUGGUAAAUGCUUCAUGCUAUUUUCAUACCUUAGUCACCAUUGGAGAAUUCUUACUGGAAUAAAAUUCCAUCACUGUAAUAAAUGUGAAAUAGCCUUCAGUCAAAGAAACUACCUUGUUCAGCAUCAAAUUCAUUCCAUGCAGAAAGCCUAUGAAUGUAAUAAGCAUGUAUGCGCAUGGGAGGAUUCAGUCAUAUUCCACCCCUUAUUCAACGUCAAAGAAUCCGUGCCCAGGAGAAGCCAUUCAAGUGUAGCAAAGGUGACAAAUCUUUCAGUGGGAGUUCAAGUCUUUUUCAUCAUUAGAAUCUCCACACCAGACCAGAAUCUGAUACAAUGCAAAUGGAAAAAAUGUACCUCUACAUUUCAGGCUUUACUCAACAUCAAAAUACUGGAGAGAAAUUUUUAUAUAAAAUUGUUAGCCCUGAUUUUUUCAUUGCAGAAGAAGAUAGUCUGAGGAGUGACUUGGUGAAUGCAAUGCUGUUUCCUCAUGGUAUUCUUUUAUUUAAUAGGUGGUGUAGGUAGGUAUAUAAACUUUAUUUAUGGAGCUCAUUUAAACUGUUUUUUAAAAUAUGGCCUAUGAACAUUUUUAUUUUUCCUGAAAUUUGGUUCCUGUUACAGCUUCUCUAAGAUAUUGUUAAUAUACCCAUGUAAAAACAUAAUUAACUUCUGGAAAGUAGCUCAUUUAGAUUUUUCUGCUGUUCUCAGCCCAAGUUCUCUCCAAAACAGACUCUUAGGUCUGCUGUUUUCUGAGCAUCCUACUUUCCUGUUGCUUUCCAGCCACAACACUUGGAUUCCUGUUAAUUUCUCCAUUUUCUUAGUACCUUCAAAUGAUGGUUUUCUAGUUUUAAGCUUCUCACCAGCAGGUUUGCCAUCCCUACUUGAUGUUCGUGUUCUGGUGUCUUCUUUCCUAAAGUGAAGCAUCUACCUUUAAAAAGAAUUGGAUUUCCACAUCCUGUCCAUCCAUGAGUUUGAAGGAUUCCAUCUCUACUGCGUUUGCGGCAGGCAGCUAAACAUUUUCAAAUGACACCCCACCCAAUAGCUGUCUUGUCUGCAUCCCACAGCCCUCUAAAAGAGAUAAGGACGUCAGGGAGCCAACAAGACUCCUGAUGGUCUAGCUACAUUCAUUCAGCGCCUGUUCUGCAUGUCAGAGUUUAGAAUUAUUUUAUAUACUUCCUGUUGAAGGACAGCAAAAUGCUCAGGUCUGCUUUUGAUAGGGCAAAAUAUAAAGAACAUACACAGAAAAGUCAGAGAACUUCAUAAGGGAAUGCAGCUUUUCAAAAAAGAUACUGCUGUUCUUCUGUAAUCUCUCUGGAGAGAGUAUUUUAAGAGAGUGGCAGGUCUUCCUGGUAAAAUUUUAACUACUGCGAUUGCUUCUUUAUCUGUUUGGAUUUUUGCCCCCCCCUCUCCCAUCAAUCCAGGACAGUAUUUGAAGUGUGGGGGCUUUGUGUAUAAUUGUUUAUUCGUCAUCGCAUUUUCUGUAUUUUACAAGCGUCUACAGGCCAUAUAAAAGAACUUGGUUUUUUGAUUGAUAAAAGUGAUCACAGAUGUCAGGAUGUCCAGAGUUCAGGGUCACUGUAAACACCUAGCCAAGAAUUCAUGAUUCUUUAGAUGUUGUCAAAGCAUUUUAUUAUAUUUUUCCAUCUUAAGUUUCAUAAUAUUUUGUGAAUAAGACAGGUGUUAACUUAAAAUUCUUAUUGUCAUUCCAGCAAGUGAGGCCUUCAUAGUUCAGAUGUUAUAAUAUUCACUAGGGAUUCUCAACAAAUAUAUAACAAUUUACUGCUUAUUCUGUAAUCCUCUUAUGGCUAAGCUCUAAGAUAGUUCUACCACCGUAUUUUGCCUCUUAGCCAUCAGCAAGCAUAGGAUCUUAUCAGGGCAAAGUAGAGAUCUAAAUGAAUUGAUUUAAAUGUAAAAGCAAAUGAAAAAUGCAUGUUUUUUUCCAUUGUUUAUGAAUGUGUAUGCCCUUAUGUACAGAGACCAAUGGUCACUUCUGGUGAUUAUGAAACAGAUUAAUCCCUAAAUAGCAGAAUAUGUAAAAAUCACAUGUAUGCAUUUGGUUUAGGAAUGUGCUUUUGUACUUCCACUUGAAUAAAGGUGUGUUUGAUACUCAGAAUCUGUUUCAAAAAAUAUCUAAAGGCCUCAG